UUUGCACUCUUUUGUUCUUGUCAGGUUUAGCCUUAGAGGAGGAGCUGCACGCUGUUCUAAGUGCGGAACUUUUCGUAAAGUAACAUUACAACGCUCAGCACCAGAUUCUUUAUUUUGUGACUUUAACAGCAGGCUGUAGAAAUCCACAAUGUCUAAAAGAGUGGCUGUAGUUACAGGUGCAAACAAAGGCAUCGGACUUGCGAUUGUUAAAGGGCUGUGCAAAGCAGGUUUCAAGGGGGAUAUUCUCCUCACUGCACGGAAUGAGAAACUGGGACAAGAGGCGGUUGCUGGACUGCAUUCUGAGGGAUGCAAAAACGUAAUCUUCUAUCAACUGGAUAUAUGUGACCAAGGAAGCUCUCUGAAACUUAAAAAGUUCUUGGAGGAGAAGUACGGCGGCCUGGAUGUUCUUAUCAACAACGCAGGAAUUGCCUUCAAACAGGCAGCAACUGAGCCGUUUGGAGAACAGGCUGAGGUGACCAUGCGCACCAACUUCUGGGGAACUCUGUGGGUGUGUUAUGCUCUUCUGCCGAUACUUCGUCCCAAUGCGCGGGUGGUCAACGUGUCCAGCUUUGUUAGCAAGAGUUCCCUUGCCAAGUGCAGUCCUGCACUACAGGCACAAUUCAGAAAUAAAGAUUUGGCAGAAGAGGAGUUGUGCCUGCUGAUGGGACAGUUUGUUCAGGCUGCACAGGCAGGGGAUCAUCUGGCUCAGGGCUGGCCAGACACUGCCUAUGGUACCACCAAGAUUGGUGUGACUGUGCUUUCAAGGAUCCAAGCUCGAGUUCUUACCGAGACAAGGCCAGCGGAUGGUAUCCUCCUGAAUGCUUGCUGUCCAGGAUGGGUGCGGACAGACAUGGCUGGACCGAAAGCAACCAAGAGUCCAGAGGAAGGAGCAGAAACUCCAGUUUAUCUGGCAAUGCUGCCUGAAGGAGCCAAAGAGCCACAUGGACAGCUAGUGUGGGACAAGACUGUACAGGAAUGGUAGUGUGAACAAAGCAGGCGUCAUCAGUUCAUUCCAUCUGAAAACAAUGUUAUGAUUGCAUCUCAAAGUAAAUAACAUACUGACUUGAUAAUAACACUUUAUUGUACAAUAUUCUGAAAAUCUCUGAUAUGUACGUGCCACAGUUUUCCAAGUAAUUGUAUGAUUUAUAGAGAAGAUAUGAGCUCUCCAUAUCUUAUUUUCAGUAUCUGUUCAGUUUCUAGGGUCAUUUUGUUUAUCAAGCUACGAUAAACAGAAGAUAAACACACUGGCCUCAAAUCCUUCUUCCACCAAACAGAUUUUACCAUCUGAACAAACUGAAAUCUCUGUGUACAAUCCUAUUUUGUGAAGCAGAAUGUGUAUUUAGUUCUCCAAAAUAUUUGUAAACUUGUGGUCUUAAAUUGUAACCAUUAAAAUGAUUUGUCGUAA